AUGACGUCUGCUGAGCACGAAGUGAGAGAUAAAGAAUCAAAUUCUAGAUUCUCUAAGCGGGGAAGAGCUUACUCUAAUAGUGCUCUUGUUAAUAGGCAGGGGCAGGUUAGUAAUUUAAGAGUAGGAGAUGGAGAUAUGAGUAGGUGUGGGUAUAGGUUAUUGAAGAGUGAUCCAGGUAGUAGAGAAGCUUUUGUUAAAAGAUGUGUUGGGUCUGUGGAUAGGGAGCCUGGUGAGGUCUCUAGUGAGAGUUGUUCUGAUGAUUUGGUUGAGUCUGAAAUUGUGGUGAAUGGAGGUGUGAAGGAGGUGGAGAGUAGAGGUCAUAGUCCUGUUGAAAAGAAGAGGAAGUUUUCACCGGUAGUGUGGGACAGAGAUGAGUAUGAAAGAAGUUCUUUGAGUAGAAAUGGUAAACCUGUGGAGGUUAUCGCUCUUCCUCCCCCACCACCACCACUAGUUAAGAGGUCAAGCCAGUCACCGAGUGUCAAGUUUUCGCACAUUUCUCUUACAGAGAGUAACGUGUCAUCUCCGGCUUCUUUGUGUGUGGUGGAACAAUCAUCAAACGCUGGGCAGGAUGGGAAACAAGAGGAUGCAACACGUUUGGAAGUUGGGGAAUACAUGCCAACAAGGAAUAUAUCAUCCUCUAGGUGGGCUUCUGGAAAUAAUUCUCCAGUUGAUGAGGGUGAAAUAGUAGAAGAAGUGGGAGUAAAUAAAAGGAGGAAGAAACCACUUCCAGUGCGCAAUAAGUCUUUAACGCCCGAUGUCGGAGAGUUUAUGAGGGAAGGUUGUAGAUCAUCUGAUUCUGAUGAAAGGGGCCACCAUUCUUUGCCGAGAAGCAGGGAUGAUUCCGAGGAGAAAGAUGCUGUUAAGGGUGACAAUAUGGAAAUAGAUGAGGAGGAAUAUAGAAGAGGAAAUACUAGUAACAGCCUUAUUGAAAUAGAUUCGGAUGAUGAUUAUGUUCGACAUGAGAUACCUGAGCCUGCUGGUACUGUAGUGAGAAGUAUAAACAUGCUCCAGGGUUGUAGAAGUGUUGAUGAGUUUGAGAGAUUAAAUAAGAUAGAUGAAGGUACUUAUGGUGUUGUUUAUAGAGCGAAGGAUAAAAAGACAGGCGAAAUUGUGGCACUAAAGAAGGUGAAGAUGGAAAAAGAAAGAGAAGGUUUUCCUUUGACUGCUCUUAGGGAAAUUAAUAUACUUCUUUCUUUUCAUCACCCAUCAAUAGUGGAUGUUAAAGAGGUGGCUGUGGGUAGUAGUCUUGAUAGCAUUUUUAUGGUUAUGGAAUACAUGGAACAUGAUCUUAAAGCAUUGAUGGAAACCAUGAAACAGCGUUUCAGUCAAAGUGAAGUUAAAUGCUUAAUGCUUCAACUUUUAGAGGGCGUCAAGUAUCUUCAUGACAACUGGGUGCUUCAUCGAGAUUUGAAAACAUCUAACCUGCUUCUAAACAAUCGGGGUGAGUUGAAGAUAUGUGACUUUGGUUUGGCUCGACAAUAUGGCAGCCCGCUGAAGCCCUAUACGCAUCUUGUUGUUACGCUUUGGUACAGGGCACCUGAACUUCUCUUGGGAGCAAAACAAUAUUCUACGGCCAUUGACAUGUGGUCCCUGGGCUGUAUCAUGGCAGAACUAUUGUCUAAAGCACCAUUAUUCAAUGGUAAAACUGAGUUUGAUCAACUUGACAAGAUUUUCAGAAUCCUGGGUACUCCCAAUGAAUCAAUUUGGCCUGGAUUCUCCAAGCUGCCUGGAGUCAAGGUCAACUUUGUCAAGCAGCAGUAUAACUUAUUACGUAAGAAGUUUCCAGCCACUUCAUUUACUGGUUCACCAGUUCUGUCCGACGCUGGGUUUGACUUGCUGAAUAAACUCCUGACAUUUGAUCCUGAGAGGAGAAUAACUGUUGAUGCUGCUCUUAAGCAUGAAUGGUUCCGGGAAGUCCCUCUGCCAAAAUCCAAAGAUUUCAUGCCUACUUUCCCUGCUCAACAUGCCCAAGACAGGCGUGGGAGGAGGAUGAUAAAGAGCCCUGAUCCUUUGGCAGAGCAACGUAGGAAGCAACUAACACAAACCGAACUUGGGUCUGGUGGUCUGUUUGGCUAA